ACAAAUAGAUGAUAAACAAGUGCCAAUUACUUCUAAUCAUUGUAGGUUAUGUUGAAAUAAAAUAAUGUCGCAGUUCUUAAAUCCUUAAAAUGACGGGUAGUCGUUUGGAUCAUGUUUAUCGAAGUCUUUUACAAACAAAAUUUUUUCGGAAAGGUUGGGGGAAACCAGAUAACCUGAAGAGGCUGUUUGAGUUUCGGAAGGUGGUGUCAAAACGUGAAACUUGUUACAAAUUGGUGCAGAAGGAUCAUCCUGUUACUAUAAUUAAAGAGGAAGUGGGGUCCGAGAUCACGGUGCUGGAGGGACGUUUCGUCUCGCCGUUCGUGGAGCACCUGCCGGGGCUGCUGCCGCCCGAGGCGGAGACGGUGUACUUUCAGGUCGUGCUGCCCAAGAAGUGGCGCUCGGAACACUACAAGCCGGUGUGCCUCCACCUGGCCGGAACGGGCGACCACGGCUUCUGGCGGAGACGUCAGAUGAUGGUGAAGCCUUUGCUUAAAGAAGCUGGGAUCGCUGGAAUAAUUCUUGAAAAUCCGUUCUAUGGUCUGCGCAAACCCAAGGAUCAGAUCCGCUCGAACCUGAACAACGUCUCCGACAUAUUCGUGAUGGGCGGCUGCCUGAUCCUGGAGUCCCUCGCGCUGUUCCACUGGUGCGAGCGCGUCGGCCUGGGCCCGCUGGGGAUCACGGGCAUGUCGAUGGGCGGCCACAUGGCCUCUCUCGCAGCCACAAGCUGGCCUAAACCAUUAGUGUUAGUGCCGUGUUUGUCGUGGUCCACCGCUUCUCCUGUUUUCACGAAGGGUGUGAUGAGCGACUCUAUCAACUGGUCGUUAUUGCAGAACCAAUAUUUAUCUGAUGAAGUGUACAAACAGGAGAUCAGAAAUAUGGUGCAGACAAAUCAGUAUGCUUUUCGUGCGGGUCAGCACUUUGCGCAAAACUACCCUCAGAGUUUGUCACGCAUCCAAGAACUGAAUUCGGAAAAAAAGCAGAAAGAUGUGUUGGUCAAGGAUGAUCUGUACUACACGUCGCAUUGCAGCAAGAUCGAAGAUAAGGGCGAAAACCUCAACCCUUCAGAUGUGAAAGUAACGAAGCAGUACUCCACCACAUGUUCGAGUGAUCUAUCUGGAAACGGUGCCAAAUCAAACUCGUCGUGUUUGGAUGGGGAACCAGCAGCUAGUCCAGUAGAUAAACACAUUUCAAUCGAACAGCCACCUGAUUUGCACAGGCAUGACGCAGUGGAUGGGAAUAUCAGGAUGCACAAUGGUGGCAGCGUUAGUAAGCAAACUGGAUUUUUUUCACUUGAUUUUGUGAGGAAAAAAAAUGUUGAAAGUUUGCUGUCACAUUUUACCACAUCAAAGGAAAAUAUUCUUGGCGGCCCAGAACUGAAGUCAUCCGGGAAGCCCCUUGGGAAGAGCGAAAUAAAAAACAUAGACUGCAGCGGCGCGGUGCUGGCGAAGUGGCGCGAGAACGAGGCCCUGCAGUUCAUGCGCGGCAUCAUGGACGAGUGCACGCACCUGCGCAACUUCGACGUUCCGGCGGACACAUCCCUCAUCAUCGCGGUGUGCGCCAGCAAGGACGCGUACGUGCCCCGGGAGGGCUCCGCGCACCUGGCCGACAUCUGGCCCGGGGCGGAGGUGCGAUACGUGGACGCGGGCCACGUCACCGCCUACCUCCUGUACCAGCAUGCCUUCAGGAAAGCAAUCAUUGAAUCCUUUGAGCGCUGGAGAAGAAAAUAUUCAACUAGUUAACGUCGUUUUGAUAGUAACGUAACGUAAUUUACCAUGAACAUGAGUGCUUUAGUUGGAACUAAUUGUGUUCUCGUAACUAACGAACCAGAGAUGAUGCUGAAGCUUUAAAAGCACAAGCAGGGUGAGUGCGAUCGUUCGCCGUCUCACCAAGAAUAAAAGAAUGUAGGAGAAUGCGAGAAAUGGGUUUCUCGCCUGUGCCUUGUUUCUUUAAGUUCUAUAUUUAUAGCGGGGACAUUGGGGCAGUAGUUUAUUUCAUGGGCGACCAAACUUGGUUAUUUGUUCAAAAAAUUGUGACAUUUAGAUAAAUAUUUCCUAUUUUAUUGCGUGCAAAUACUUACGCUUAGGGGAAUAGACAAAGGAAGAAUAAUGAGCUACCACUGUAUCAAAGGUAAUAAAGGUACUAAGUCAGUAAUGGUCCUAUGAGAAACCUUUUAAAAAAACUGGAGAGGAAAGAUAACUGUUAUCUACUCCAGGCUGCAUCUAAACCUUUUAGUCUGUUCAAAUUUUUUAAAUCUAAAAAUGUAUUAUUUUA